GUUUCUGUCGAACAACUUCAGUCUUGUACAUCAUCAAUGGCUUCCUAUCUCCUAAACCCAUCAACAAUCUUGAAAACCCUUAACAACAUAAAACCUCAUUCCACACCCUCAAACAACCAAAUCACACUUUCAUUCUUUCAAAACACUUCAGCCCAUUUCAUUUCAAACCCAAAAUUUACAAACAAAACCUCAUUUCAUCUCCAUUUUCCCCCAAAAUCUUCAUCAUCAUCAUCAUCAUCAUCAUCAUCAUCAUUAUUAUUAUCAUCAAAUGGGAAUCUUGAAAAUCUUAAAAAGAAUGAAACUUUAUUAGUUGAACAACACUCACCAGUGAAAUCACUAUUUUUGGUGUUUUUGUGGGCAUCUGUUUAUUUAGCUUUAUUUGCAUUUGGUUGUGGGGAUGCAAAGGCCCAACAAGCACAGGCUGCUGUUGUGCAGUCCAUUAAAGCUUCAAGCUUUGGGCUAAAAGUGGCUAAUUUCUUAAGUGGGUCGGGUUGGCCCGGCGAGGCUGUGGUGUUUGCUUUAGCCACACUGCCUGUGAUUGAGCUUCGUGGAGCUAUUCCUGUUGGGUAUUGGUUUAAACUCAACCCUGUUGUUCUCACUGCUUUGGCUGUUCUUGGGAACAUGGUACCCGUGCCUUUGAUCAUACUCUACUUGAAACCACUAGCAACAUUUCUGGCUGGAACCAACAAGCCAGCGGCUCAGUUCCUAGACCUAUUGUUCGAGAAAGCAAAGCGAAAAGCGGGUCCAGUUGAAGAGUUCCAAUGGCUCGGUCUAAUGCUGUUUGUAGCAAUACCAUUCCCAGGAACCGGUGCAUGGACUGGAGCCUUUAUAGCUUCAAUCCUAGAUAUCCCUUUUUGGUCUGGUGUAUCUGCGAAUUUCUUUGGGGUCGUGUUAGCCGGGCUUUUGGUCAACAUGUUGGUCAACAUCGGGCUCAAGUAUGCUAUCGUUGCUUGUAUUGUGAUGUUUAUUGCAUCAGGGUGCAUGUGGAGCGUGCUUCGUGCUCUGAAACAACGUUUUAGCUCUUCGUCUUCAGGUUGAUUCCGAAAUGUACUGAUUUAUUACAACUAAAUAAACUUGACGCUAGUUUAAUUUUUUUUUUUUUAUUAGUUGGAUGGUGGUAAACCAUCGUGUAUAUUGUACAAUUCAUCGAUGAAAUUACACGGAUGAUCAAUGUAAUGUAUUUUUUUAACGGCAAGGAGAUUAAUUAAAAACCAA